AUGAACAUUUUUGAAUUUAUUUGGAUAUCUGUGAUUGCAUUUGUGUGUGGUAUAAUAUUCAUACUUGUACUGGAAUUUUACUUGUUCAAAAAGUACUUGGAACAAGCGCCUCUGGCAAGUUCACCAAGAAAAUCAAUUCAUCAUGGCAAGGCCCAAUUACCUAAGGAAUUACUUGAUAAGAUUCAAGAUGAAAAAACAAAUUCCAUAAGUAUAUCGCGUCAGAGUAUGUGCCAAGGCAAUGAAAACUUGGCAAUAAAUUUAACAUUGCAAUUUUUGUUCAAUGAACUUAGAAAUGCUGAGAGAGUGCGCCUUUGGUUAUAUAGAAAAUUAAAUAAUGAGUUCAAAGAAUUAUUAACUCAAUCAACCACGGGCAAAUUAUUAGAUAGUGUACAACUGAGAGAUCUAAAUCUAGGUUCACAAUUUCCUACGAUAAAAGGUUUAGAAGUUGCAGAUUCAAAAAUAGAUGCUGAUACAGGUUUAUUGGAGACGUUGGAUUUAUCUUUAGAUUUACAUUAUUCUGGAAAUUUUCAAUUAUCAAUAGAUGUUAAAAUGCUACUGGGAAAGACUGCAUAUAUGGCUUUACAAGUGAAACGUAUCAGUGGCAGAGCUAGGUUGCAGUUUACACGUGUACCAUAUACUCAUUGGUCUUUAAGUUUUUAUUCAGAUCCCAUACUUGAAUUGGAAGUGCAAUCCCAAUUUCAAGGUCGUCAAUUACAACCACAGAUCAUCUCUUUGAUAACAGGACAAAUUCGAAGAGCUGUACGUAGGAAGCAUACAUUACCUCGCUAUAAAAUGCGUUAUAAACCAUUUUUCCGUAGACUGAACGAUGAAACAGUAGAUUUAUCCGAAGUUGCGAACAUGCAAUUGACACCAGGUUAUUUGGAAGUAUCACUAGUGGAAGUAACUAGAUUAAAUCUUGGACCUAAUAUAUUUAAUACAGAGGAUAAAUCACAAGUUGAAGUAUAUUGUACAAUAAGUAUCGACUCAACACCUUGGGUAUAUCUGACUCAAUAUACUGGAGUUCCUUACAUGGUGUUGGAUUUAAUUAUUAGUAAAGUUGGUUCUCAGCAACUGGGUGUAGUAUUUAAGCAAGAAUUUGUGCCAGAAAUAGGUCAUAUGUGUGUGCUAGUCGAAACUAUAAUAACUGGAAGUCCUGCUGCAAUUGCUGAAAUGAAAAAAGGAGAUAUUUUAAUAGCAGUAGAUGGCAAAAAAGUGUCUAAUAUGAAUCAAGUAGCUAAAUUUGUAAAAAGUGCUGUGCAGAGACGUUUUAUUAUAAGGGUUGAAAGAAAGUAUUCUAAAGCAGAUUUGGACAAACAAACUAGUAUGAAAUUGGAUAGUGAAAGAAUAUCAACAGAAAGAGGAGCCGAUAGGAAAACAUUAAGAAUUGAUUCUGCAUUGAAUAAGAAUGAUACACCUAGUACCGAAGAUACUAAAAUCAAAUUUGAAAGCCAAAUUAAAUUUUCGGAUUUGAAGGAUUGUGAAAAUGAAAUUUCCGAUAAAUUGGAAAUGAGCAGUAAACUUUUUAAGAGAAGAAAAAGCAGCGCACAUACUGAUGAUACUGUUCAAACACCAGACACUACACCUUCCAGAAAAAUUUCAACUACUUCGAAUCAAUCAAUAAUAUUCAGUAGUUCUCAAUUUUGCUUUAACGAUGACACAUAUGUAACAAAUAUAUCAGAUUUAUAUUAUACUACUAAAGAGAAAGAACAUGCAUCUUUAAUUACUUUUGAAGAAACUAGAACUUUUCAAAUUGAUUCAGAACUUCAAUAUUUAAAUAUCGGAGUAUGGGGUCGUAUCAGAGGAGAAAUUCACGCAAAAUUAUUAGGAUAUAUUAACGUCCCUAUGAAAUUAAUUUUAGCACAAUGCUAUACGUCUUCAACUGGUCAUUAUCUUAAAUGCUAUGCUUUAUUACCACCAGAUAGUGCUUCUUUAGCAACGGUUCAUCCAAAACUACAAGGGUAUUCAGGAUUUGAUCCAACACUUUGUUAUGGUGAUAUUUUAUUAUCUUAUGUAUGGGAAUCUAGUUAUCCGAAUCGUUACAUGGCUGGUGACUCAGGGAAAAAGGAAAAUGCUGAAACUAUUAAGGCACAACCGCCUUUAAGUGAAGAAAUUGUUGAAAAAAAGAUGCACGACUUUAUUAGAACUCAUUUCCAUAGAGCGACACAUUGCGAUUUUUGUACAAAGAAGAUUUGGCUAAAGGAUGCAGUGCAGUGCAGAGAUUGUGGUAUGGUGUGUCAUAAGAAAUGCGAAGUUCGUUGCCAAGCAUCAGGAACAUGUGGAGCCGAAAGUAUAACAACAAUGGCAUUAGAAGCUGAUGAAAUAGAGCCUACUACUCUUAUUGGGGAAUCAGGUCCAGAGAUUUCUCUAACCAGUUGUGAAGAUAAUGUACAGGGUGCAACUAUGAUGGCCAUGAAGGCUAGUAUAGCUAAUACUCUGUUGGGCCUGAAGAAGGCUGGGAGUACCAGUUGUUUGGCCCCACCGGCUUCCGGUACUGGUCUGGCAUCUAGAAGUCUUCCCCCAAGUCCCUGUGCAUCCCGCAAGAAUUCAUUGGUUGGAGGCUUGGGCAUAAGUCCUGAUCUCUUGGAGGGUGCUGAACCUAGCGUGGCAGCCCCUUUAGUAGCUGGCGAUUUGGAUGAUGGUCUUAUGUCUAGGGCUAAAGAUACCGGCAAGUUUCUAUACAAACACCUGGAACCACUGCAACGCGUUGAAAAAAUCAAUGCUAUGAUGGGGAAGCUAAAAACUGCGCUCGACGCGGAAACUACCUCAAGAUUAGAAUUAUCACAAAGUGGAGAAAUGGACAGUAUUAAAUUGAUUGCACAGAGCGAUUUACGCGUGCAAGCACUGAGUGUCUUACUAUUGCAUUAUUGCGCUGGAUUGCAACAUGCGCAAGAAGUAUUAGAUCGAUCUCAAAAUAACAAGGAGUCCAAACAGACUUAACUUCAAUGAAAAAAUUCCAACAAAAUUACCAAUAUACAUUCCGAAUCUUCGUACGUUCUAUUUUACUUCAACCUAAAUUAGCGGUCGUUGAUCGAUUAUAGUUUUCUUCAGGGAUCUGUAUUAGACAUAUUUACAAUUGUACGUAUUAUAUGCGUGUUUUGAAAUUUCUCUUUAAAAUUCGAUAUUCAAGUUUAAUAGGCCCCGAGAUAUUAUACUCGUAAAUUUUACCGUGAUAUCUUCGUAUAGUUUACCAGAGAACACCAAAUAUUAAGACUUGUAUUUACAGAUUCUAUAUAUACUCGUAGAGAACAUAGUACAAUAUGUAUCAGUUAUGUUUACGCCUAAGGUAUUUUCAGCGGUUUAGAUAAAUAGUGGUGUUAUAAAGAAAUUAGGAUAAUAAAAACGGAAAGAUUUAAGUUUAAAUCUAAGGUAACGGGCAAUUAGAUAUUUAUAAUUAUAAUUUAUAAUUAUAGUUUACGAUAGCUUUGCGGAAUAGAUAUGUUAUUCUCUUUGAUAUCAAUAUAACGAUAGGACUUCGUUUACCAAAAUCAAACAAUUGGAUCGAUUUCUUUUCUUACCAGAUCGUGUUUUACUUGUGCAACGAAAUGCAUGAAUUGCGACUGAUUUAAUUAAAUAUCAACGCUAAUAUAUAUAUAUAUACACACCUACAUCCGAGUAUGAAUGAAAUACAUGAUACGGUAAAAUUCCAUCCAUCCAGAUAACGAACAUCGAGACAUUGAUAUAUACAUACAUACAUACGUAUAUUUUGUGGCUUCAAUGAGAUAUUACGAUUCAUUGUUAAUAUGUAAAAUGAAUAUAAAAAAAUCAAUAUAGAUUGUUGAACGAUCGUUCAAUGACAAUUUGUACUUAUAUUAUUUAGGGUUAAUCUAACAAGACUAACGAGAAUCAUCUCUCGAGCCAUUAUUUUCUUGAAACACGCUGUUGUUCCAAACAAUGUUUUAAGUAUUAAAGAUGUUUUAUUCGUCCAACGAGAAAUAUAUACGAAUAAAUGUGAAACCGAGUAGACGUCCGUUUAUAUCUACCAGUGACGUUUUCCCUUCAGGCUACGUGGAAGAUCCCAAUUCUUGGUAAAUAUGAAAAUACUCGAAAAACGGAGACGCAGUAACCCGCGAGCGCACAAAGAAUCGACGUCAGAGCCAGAGAUUUUAUAGGGCCAAUGUUCGCGGUCAGACGAAAGACUUUUGUAAAGGUUCUUCGCAGAUUAUAAUUGUGAAACGUCAAGUUAAAAACCUUUCUCCUUGUUAAAAACAAGGAAAAAGUAGCUUGUAAUGUAAAAGUUCCAAUGA